CUCGCCGCGCUGACCUCGCCGUCGGCCGCCCAGACCACGACGGCCUUCACCGACCAGGAGACGGGCAUCCAGUUCCAGCGCUUCUUCGGCGCCAAGAGCGGCUUCGGCUUCGGCGUCGCGCUGCCCACGGCCCCGUCGACAUCCUUUAUCGGGCAGCUGACCUUCCCACUGGCGCGGGGCGCCGGCUGGGGCGGCUUCUCGCUGACGGGCGACAUGGAGGGCCCGCUGCUGAUGGCGGCGUGGCCCGACGGCGCCGGCGGCAUCGUGUCGUCGUUCCGCCAGGCCGCCAACGAGGACGACAACCCGCCCGAGGUCUCGGGCGGCUUCGCCGUGCGGCCCAUCGCCGCCGCCACCUCGGUCAACGCCACCUUCCUGUCCUACACCUUCCUGUGCGAGGGCUGCCUCGACGCCAGCCUCGGGCUGUCCGCCGCGCAAACCGCCGGUGCUGCUGUAGAGAUGGGCUGGGCCCUCGGCAGCCGCGCCGUGGGCAACCAGGCCUCGACCGCCGCCGUCCUGAACUUCCACAACGUCGGCUUCGGCGACUUCAAGGCCAACCUAGCUGCCGCCCGCAGCGCAGAGUUUGACACCUGGGCCGCCCUCGCC